UCCUCUGACAAAGUCAAAACCCUACUAGUCUCUCUGGAGACGAAUCCCAUGAGACGCUUUCUACAGAGAUGUCCCAGUUUAUUGGCUCGAAGUUUCCUUCACUCACCCGUGAAUUUGAACACCAAUGCUCGUCUUGCUGUUGUUCCUCUCUUCGACCGAGCUGUUUCCGGGUCCGUCUUCUUCUCUUCCGAGUCCGACUCGGACUCGGCGCGUGGUGUGAACAGCGACGAGGUUGUUUCUAAAGAAGAGCUGAAAACGAGAAUUCGAAGGUUUUUGGAUGAUGGAGAUGAGGAUACGAUUCCUGAAUUAUUUGAGUUAAUGAUGAUUAGGAAGUUAUCAGGGGAGCACGACGAUAGUGACGAUGAGGUCAUGGAGGAGGUGCGUAAGUAUCCAGUUAACUAUGCCGAUGACACUCACUCUGAAUCUGAUACUGAGAGUGAUGCCUCUGGUGAUUCCGAUUUCGAAAUUGAUGGCCCGAGAGAUGGUGAUUCCUCUGAUUCCGACAUAGAGUUUGAUGGUCUGAAAGACAUUGGCUUGUCUGAUGUCAAUAUCAAGAUUGAUGGCCUGAAAGACAUUGGCUUGUCUGAUGUCGAUAUCAAGAUUGAUGGCCUGAAAGCUAAUCCCUCGUCUUAUUCCGACACUUCUGAAAGUGAUUAACAUGACUUCGCUCUACUUCGAAGAUUUUGAAAGAAGCAACUACAUAGUGAAUGGAAACAGUACAACUUUUGGUGCAAGUUGGCUGUAAGUUCUGACUUUUGAAUAUAACUAGAAAUUAGAGUUGUUGUAGUACAUACAUUAUAUUAUACCAUGGUAAUGAAUUAAAAUAUAACUA